GCAUGGCUAGCGGUAGUGACGUAAGCGCAUGGGCGGGGUUUCCGCUCCCACCGGAAGCGAGUCGAGCGAAAUCCAUCUGUUUAGCUUGAAGAGUAAUGGAACAAAAACAGUGAUUCAUUUACUCGGUUGCAUUUGUAAGCUAUGGCUCAGACUGAGAAGAAAGCAGGUCUUCUGAGGAGAACAUCCUCCUCCAAGAAGCCUUUGAAGGAGAAAGUAGUGCUGAUGUAUGAUGAGAUCUUUGCAAAGGAAGAUCCUACUAAGAACAACCCUCGUUUCUGGGACGAGCUGUUUUUGAUGAAGGUCAAUCUGGAGUAUCUGGAGGGGAAGUUGGAGUCUCUGGAUGGGGACGAAGUGAUGAAAAUCAAAGACAACAUCAACAGUUUGUUCCAUCACUGUGUUCAAGCUCUGGGUGAAGAGCACCAGAUUAAAGUAGUCAAUGCGCUUCAGACUCUUUGUGCGCUGUUCAGAGGAGUUCACCAGAAAAACAAAUCUGCCACCGGCUUUGACAUCAUCAACAUGCUGAUGGGCUUCGACAAAGCUGAGCUCCGAAUGAAGGAGCUGAUGGAGAGCCUGGACAGUCUGCUGUGCGGAGACGGAUCAGAGAGUCUGAAGAGUUUAUGUCUAAAACUACUGCUGUGUUUGGUCACUGUGACAGAUAACAUUAGUCAGAACACUAUACUGGAGUAUGUGAUGAUCAACAGUAUAUUUGAGGCCAUUCUACAGAUUCUGUCUGACGUUUCCAGUCGAUCGCAGCACGGAUAUGAUGCCGUGGUACUUUUAGCUCUGCUGGUCAACUACAGGAAGUACGAGUCUGUGAAUCCGUACAUUGUGAAACUGUCAAUAGUGGACGACGAGCCGACCCUGGAUGGCAUGGGAAUGGUCAUCCACCAUGCACUUACAGAGUACAACAGACAGUAUAAAGACAAGGAAGAAGAAAACCAGGGAGGCUUUUUCUCCACCCUUACCAGCAUGGUGGGCAGUAUGUUCAUCGCUGACGCAGAUGAGAAGCUGUCAGUACAGACUAAUGAGGCCAUCCUUCUCGCUCUCUAUGAGGCCGUACAUCUCAACAGAAACUUCAUCACGGUUCUUGCCCAGAGCCAUCCGGAGAUUGACAUCGCAACAACCCCGGCUACACCCGUCCCGGCCUCUCCUACGACCCCGCUGGGCACCACACCGCCCUCUCUGGACAUGAUGAAUAAUCCUGAGCUUCCUCUGGACCCAAACUUGCAGACCAGUAAUCUUCUUAUAACGUUCCUCAAAUAUUCCUCCAUCGUAAUGCAGGACACCAAAGAUGAACACAGACUCAACAGUGCCAGACUGUGCCUCAUCAUUCUGACCUGCAUAGCCGAGGACCAGUACGCCGACGCUUUUCUCCACGAUGAUAACAUGAACUUUAGGGUCAACUUGCACAAAAUGCCCAUGAGACAUCGGAAGAAAGCAGCGGAUAAGAACAUCCCCUCCAGGCCUUUAGUUUGUGCAGUUUUGGAUCUGAUGGUGGAGUUUAUUGUUACUCAUAUGAUGAAGGAGUUUCCUAUGGAUCUCUAUGUGCGCUGUGUUCAGAUCAUUCACAAACUGAUCUGCUACCAGAAGAAGUGCAGAAUUAGGAUGCACUACACAUGGAGAGACCUCUGGUCAGCUCUCAUUAACCUCCUGAAGUUCCUGCUGUCCAAUGAGACCAGCCUUCUGGCCAAGCACAAUAUCUUCCAGCUGGCUCUUCAGGUGGUGAACCUCUUCAACAUGUUCAUCACGUAUGGAGACACGUUUCUGCCCACCCCCAGCAGUUACGACGAGCUCUAUUAUGAGAUCAUACGCAUGCAUCAGGUGUUUGAUAACCUCUACUGCAUGGUGCUGCGAGUCUCCACCAACACAGGCCAGUGGAAGGAGCCUGCGAGUAAAGUUACUCACUCUCUCGUCAACGUCAGAGCCAUUAUUAACCACUUCAACCCUAAGAUUGAGUCUUACGCCGCUGUGAACCACAUCUCACAGCUCUCUGAAGAUCAGGUGCUGGAGGUGGUGCGGUCAAAUUACGACACACUAACCCUGAAGCUGCAGGACGGUCUGGAUCAGUUCGAGCGUUACUCUGAGCAGCCCAGAGAGGCCGGCUUUUUUAAGGAGCUGGUUCGCUCCAUCAGUCUGAACGUGAGGAAGAACGUGUCUCUGAGUACCAUGAGUCAGGACGUCCUGCUGAAGGAGUUCUCCUCGAUAUCCUGAAACCACGGGACCUUUAACCUGCGUUCAGGACCUUAAUACUGACACAUCCAUCGCCCCAAAUCUGAGGCUUCUCGACGUUACACCAGACUCUCCAGAACUGGAUUUGAUCUUCAGGCUGUAUUGCUGAUGCGGUGUGGGAGUUCGGUCGCGCUCAGAACAGACUCGUAUUGGCUUAACAAAGCAAUCAGCCCAACUUUGCACAAUGUGAAUUUUGAUUCCUACUACCCGGUAUUUUUGGUUCUUGUUUUUUCUUCUUUUAUUGGCGAUCCGGUGUUGUUUCUGUUGAUUCUUCAUUGCCUUAGUACCAGACUGAUGAAGACCAAUGUGCUCUCACAGAACUUUUCACUGAUUUUCAGUUCUUUUCUAUAUUCAGAGUGAACGCAAACAAAAUGUCCUAUUUGCAUGAACAAGAAAUGUCUGGGUCAUAAUUCAUAUAUUCGAAAGAAAGGAAAUUAUAAUUUGCAUGAAUAAAAUGAGGCCAUUAAGAACUGUGUUUUGACAUAUUUUAAUGACAAACACAUUUUCUCCAAAUUCUCAUUAUUGUAAUACAAAAAAAAGAACGGAUUCUCAUUACUAUAAUGUGCCACAAACCUCUUAUUACCAUGAUACACUAAUGAUCAUUUUAUGUUCUUUUUUUUAAUAAAAAACGUCACUUUAAAAUGACUUAUGGAAGCCAGAAUUGUGAGAUAAAAAGUCACUGUUGCAAGAUAUAAACUAUCAGUUCUGAAAAAGUCAGAAUUGUGAGUUUAUCUCGAAAUUCUGACUGUAUUUCUCAGAAUUGCGACUUUUUUCCUCAGGAUAAUGCCAUGUUAAACUCGCAAUUGCAAGAAAAAAAAAUCAGACUUACAAUUGCAAGAUAACUUGCAAUUCUGACUUUUCUCAACUACAAUUACGAGAUAUAAAUUCACAGUUCUACGAAAAAAAGUCACAAUUAUGAGAUAUAAACUCGCAAGUCUGAGAAAAGUUACAAUUACAAUAUAAAUUUGCAGUUCUACGAAAAGUUUCAAUUACGAGAUAUAAAUUUGCAGUUGUAUGAAAAAAGUCACAAUUACGAUGUAAAUUUGCAGUUCUACGAAAAGUUGCAAUUAUGAGAUAUAAAUUUGCAGUUCUACGAAAAAAAGUCACAAUUAUGAGAUAUAAACUCGCAAUUCUGAGAAAAGUUACAAUUACAAUAUAAAUUUGCAGUUCUACGAAAAGUUUCAAUUACGAGAUAUAAAUUUGCAGUUCUACGUAAAAAAGUCACAAUUAUGAGAUAUAAACUCGCAAUUCUGAGAAAAGUUACAAUUACAAUAUAAAUUUGCAGUUCUACGAAAAGUUUCAAUUACGAGAUAUAAAUUUGCAGUUGUAUGAAAAAAGUCACAAUUACGAUAUAAAUUUGCAGUUCUACGAAAAGUUGCAAUUAUGAGAUAUAAAUUUGCAGUUCUACGAAAAAAGUCACAAUUACGAUAUAAAUUUGCAGUUCUACGAAAAGUUGCAAUUAUGAGAUAUAAAUUUGCAGUUCUACGAAAAGUUGCAAUUAUGAGAUAUAAAUUUGCAGUUCUACGUAAAGUUGCAAUUAUGAGAUGUAAAUUUGCAGUUCUACGAAAAAAAGUCACAAUUAUGAGAUAUAAACUCGCAAUUCUGAGAAAAGUUACAAUUACAAUAUAAAUUUGCAGUUCUACGAAAAGUUUCAAUUACGAGAUAUAAAUUUGCAGUUGUAUGAAAAAAGUCACAAUUACGAUAUAAAUUUGCAGUUCUACGAAAAGUUGCAAUUAUGAGAUAUAAAUUUGCAGUUCUACGAAAAAAGUCACAAUUACGAUAUAAAUUUGCAGUUCUACGAAAAGUUGCAAUUAUGAGAUAUAAAUUUGCAGUUCUACGAAAAGUUGCAAUUAUGAGAUAUAAAUUUGCAGUUCUACAAAAAAAGUCACAAUUACGAUAUAAAUUUGCAGUUCUACGAAAAGUUGCAAUUAUGAGAUAUAAAUUUGCAGUUCUACGAAAAGUUGCAAUUAUGAGAUAUAAAUUUGCAGUUCUACGUAAAGUUGCAAUUACGAGAUAUAAAUUCACAAUUUCUAAGAAAAGUUACAAUUAUGAAAUAUAAACUUGAAAUUCUGAAAAAUUAGUCAGAAUUGUGAGUUUAUUUGGAAAUUUUCACUUUAUUUCUCAGAAUUGCGACUUUUUUCCUGAGGAUAGGACGAAUUUUUUUUUUUUUAAACUUGCAAUUUCAAGGAAAAAGUCAGACUUGCAAUUCCGACUUUUCUCAGAAUUGUGAGAAAUAAACUUGCAGUUCUGAGAAUAGUUACAAUUACGAUAUAAAUUCGCAGUUCUAAGAAAAAAGUCACAAUUGAGAUUAUAAACUCACAAUUUUAAGAAAAGUUACAAUUACGAAAUAUAAACUUGCAGUUCUGAAAAAUAAGUCAGAAUUGUGAGUUUAUUUGAAAAUUCUGACUUUAUUUCUCAGAAUUGCGACUUUUUUCAGGAUAAUGCGAUUUAAACUCGCAAUUGCAAGAAAAAAUCAGACUUAGAAGAUAAAAACAACUUCUGACUUUUCUCAGAAUUGUGAGAAAUAAAUUUGCAAUUCUGAGAAUAAUUACAAUUACGAGAUAAAUUCGCAGUUCUACGAAAAAGUCACAAUGAGAUAUAAAUUUGCAAUUUCUAAGAAAAGUUACAAUUACGAAAUAUAAACUUAAAAUUCUGAAAAAUGAGUCAGAAUUGUGAGUUUAUUUGAAAAUUAUGACUUUAUUUCUCAGAAUUGCAACUUUUUUCCUCAGAAUAACGCGAUUAUCAAACUCGCAAUUGCAAGGAAAAAGUCAGACUUGCAAGAUAAAAGCUUGCAAUUCUGACUUUUCUCAGAAUUGUGAGAAAUAAACUUGCAAUUCUAAGAAUAGUCACAAUUACGAGAUAUAAAUUCGCAGUUCUACGAAAAAGUCACAAUUAUGAGAUAUAAACUCGCAAUUUUAAGAAAAGUUACAAUUACAAAAUAUAAACUUUCUGAGUAUCUCAAAAUUCUGAUUAUUUCUCAGAAUUGCAACUUUUUUUCCUCAGAAUAGUGCAAAAUAAACUUGCAAUUAAGAGAAAAAAGUCAAGACUUGUGAGAUGAAAACUUUUCAAUUCUGACUUUUUUUUCUGAGAAUUGUGAGAUAUAAACCUGAAAAAUGUCACAAUUAUAAGAUAUAAACUCGCAAUUCUGAGAAAAGUUACAAUUACGAGAUAUAAAUUUGCAGUUCUAUGGAAAAAGUCACAAUUAUGAGAUAUAAACUCAAAAUUCUGAGAAAAGACACAGUUACAAUAUAAAUUCACAGUUCUACGAAAAAAAAUCAAUUACAAGAUAAAGUUGCAGUUCUAAGAAAAGUCACAAUUACGAUAUAAAUUCGCAGUUCUCGAAAUUCUUACUUUAUUUCUCAGAAUUGUGACUUUAUAUCUCGCAAUUGUGAGAGAAAAAAAAAAUCGCAAUUUUGUUUUUUUUUUU